AUGCUCGAGCGUGCUUCGACAUGCCUCGAAUCCGGCGGACGCCAGCUCUUCCGCGCUCCGAAGCCAUGUCUACGCAGUCGGCGCACGUUGCACCCAACCCCUCGGCACCACGGUGCAAGCGAUCUCAGUCUCUCGUCUUGGCAGGCCGCAUCCCCGACUAUCGAAGAAACAGGUGGUGAUGGUGGCAAUGGAGCGGCGAACAAGGCCAAUACAGACCAGAAAACCCACGAGGGUCCAAUGCUCGACUUUCUGUACCCGGAAAAGACCCUGGCGCUUCUUGGAAGACUAUCCGUAAACCCGCUCAGUUCAAUGGAACAGAGGCGACGACAGCCGUAUGCGAUUCGAGCCCGCCAUUUUUCGACAAUACAGGCGCAACCUGUGCAGGAUGAAACACAAAUGGAUGUGGAUAGGGUAGAACAGGCCAAAAAGGAUGCGGUAGAGCUAUUACAAGGGUCGGAUGCAGUCACAGAAUUGCAGACGUUACUAGAUUCUCCGCCACCUGAGAAGCAAGAGUUGGCUUGGCAGUUGUAUACUAGCAUCCCCGAAGAUCGCUUGGCGGAAGUAGAGACACUGCGAGUACAGCUCCUGGACUAUCUUGUCAAGGACGGUGAGCCUACAGUACCGGAGCGAGUCAUUCAGGUGUUUGACGGGCUUCGCCCAGCCGCGCGCCGGCUAUCAUCACACCGAGCAGCUAUCAAAGCCUACGUUGCAUUAGGGAUGAUAGGCCCGGCAGUUCGACUUUAUGACAAGCUCGCCAGGCCCAUUGCAUCAGGAGGUCCCAGUCAGGUUCUACUGCAUAGUGGCAUAGAUGCAAUCCUUCGACGAGCCGUUCUCGACGAGCAGUGGGAUCUCGCGUUUCGUGUCUUCAGAGAGUUCCAUCGGAAAGCGCAUUCCAUUCGUGGUACUCCCACAUACCACGCGAUUCGCACCGGCAAUACACUCCCAGAAUUGUGGGGUCAGGCUGCAACAUUACCAGAACUUCUGGAACAUUUCAAGUCUUUCUUGCGUUACGUCAGGGAGUUUCAACACGAACUCACAUCUACGCCAUCUCGAGAGCGUGAUCUGGCCUGCUUUGUCAUGUCCUUCGUACCUCACGUAAUGGAUCGCGUCUUGCUUACAGAAAAAUUCGACGAUGAUUUUGUUUGGGAUUACUUCAUCGGGCUCUUUGAUAGUCUCCACUCUCUAAAUCUCCCCACUUCAACUUGCUACGAGCACGCGAUUCGAAAGAUGUUGGACCUUCCAAAAUACCGAGAAUACACCAACCAGCGAAAGAUUCCGCUCGAGCUAUAUAGAAGAUACCGGCAACUUUAUCUCUAUGGGGACGAAAGCACUUCCGAAGGGCCACCAUCACGGGUCUUGAUCAGGUCCAUGAUCUAUCAGCAUUCUUCGAAAGGCGGCCUGGGACGUGUUCAGGAUCAUCUACACGAUUUACGCACCUGGUACCCAACUAAGCCGCUACGGUCUGGUCUUCUCAAGUACCUGAUUCGUACGUAUGCCAGGGUUGGUAAUGUGGAGAAGGUGGACGAAUACGUCAAUGAGCUUCGAUUACAUCACCCAGACGAAGUGACAAUCAGCGUACUCUCAUCACUUCCGUAUGUGUAUGCACGACGCGCGGAUGUCGAUGGCACCAUCACCCAGUUCAAACGCAUACACGAAGAGUUUCAGAUGACCCCGGAUACUGCUUGUUGGAAUAUUUUACUGCUUGCCUACGUCCGUUCCGAGGACCUCGAUGGUGCUCUGGAAUGCUUCAACAAUUGCUUGGACUAUGGCGUUGCACCAGAUGUGAAAACUUUCGGGCCUCUGCUCGACUUCUGUGCCCAUAGAGGUGAUGUUGAGGCUUUCGAGACACUCUUCUCCAAAGCCAAGCAGAUGGGGAUACAACUUGACACGGAUGUUCGUGCAAGAGCGGGCUAUGUCGAAGCCUUUCUAAAUGCGGGGGAUCCAGAAGGCGCCGAAGCGAUCGCAUAUGGCAUGCUCAACAGUUAUAAGGCAGGGACACUUCACGGAUACCCUCUCUCACAUACAUGGAACUUGUUGAUCCAACAGCGCGCAAUGGACCGCGACCUAGCGGGUAGCAGGCAGCAAUACAAACUAAUGGUCGAGAACAACAUCCCGCUGGAUAGCUGGACUUACGGCAGUCUGAUGCGAGCAUUAGUCGAAGUAAAGCAGACCAACGCUGCUUACAAACUGCUGAGAGUCACAAUGCCGGAACAAGGAUACCGGGUCCAUGCACUUCACUACGCCAUAGUGAUGACCGGUUUCUUGAGGGAGGGGCAGUAUCAACUAGCUGUGGAAGCUCACGAAAGGAUGAAGGCGCGCCAGGUUCCUCAAACCGAGAGCUCCCGCCAAGCUUCACUACAAGCGCUUGGUAUGGCUGAUUCCCGGCAGCUAAAGAGGAGAGGAGCCAAACAUCCAAACUACAAGUUGCUUCGAGUCGAAGAGGCUCUUGAAGAGAUGCUCGUCUCCAGUACAGCGCAGGAGAUUGCGCACCGACAACCAGUACAUGAACGAUUUGACGAUGUGGACAGCUUCGAUGACCUUCGAGCGUCCUACUAUGGCCUGAUGAUCUCGCUCUAUAGCGCCAGAUCGGCGUAUAAACUCUGCAAGAAGCUUUUCCAAAAGGUCGAAGCGAUGGCAGCAGAGUCCGGCACCUACGCUAUACCACUGACCCUCGUCACGUCGAUGAUGGAGGCGCAUCUGAAGGCAAACAACCACGCCGAAGUCGCAAACUUCUGGGACCUCGCGCGCACUUCCGCCGCAAAACUCACCAAGACCUUCCACCAAGCCGUGAACCAGAGCGCCCCUGUCCCAGACGACACCUCCAUCACCGACCCUCUGAUCCUCCAACGCUUCCAAGAAGCGCACAUCUCCGACAACCGCCGCCAAAUCCUCGCCAAGCCCGCCCGCAUCUACAUCCGCAGUCUCCUCGCGCAGUCCGACGCCGACAACCCCAACGCCGCGCAAGACGCCCAACGCACCAUCCGCGACCUCCUCGUCAACGGCUUCACAGUCGACAACCUCACCUGGAACGAACUCAUCCAGCAGCUCAUCCACCGCAACCACAUCAUCGACGCCUUUUCCAUCUGCGAAGAAUACCUCAUGCCCCGCUUCCCGGGUUGGCGCGAACUCAUCCCCAACUUCAUCCGCAACGACCGCAAAGGUUUCCAGUGGAUGGAGCUGCGUCCGAAUGAUCUCAACAAAGCUAGUGUGCUGCCGCGGUACAAGACUAUUAUCUUGUUGGCGAAGGCUUUUGGCCAGGUUAAGAGCGAUGAGAGGAAUGGGGUUGGGUAUGAUGAGGAGGCUGGGGCUUGGUUGGCGGAGGUGCUUGAGAGUAAGGCGCCGUUGACUAUGCGGGCUAUUGAUUCUAUGCCGAGGACUUUUGAUAAGUUGCAGCAGAGGCAUUUUGGGGUUUUGUAG